UGACGUUCCACGACGACCACUAUUGACUAACAAAUAUUUCAUGUACUUUGAAAGCAUCCCGAUUAUAAAUAACUAUUCGAAGGCUCCCUACCUAGCAUCAGCCCGUCGAUCAGUCUCAUUUCUCCACCGCUGCAGAUAUGUCGGUACUACUUUACUACGUAAUAUUCGUAAUAUUUCUAAAAUUUUGCCUUUUUAAAGAAUCUAAUUCUCAGUUUUGUUAUACUGACCCGACAUGCGGACCGGCCACGUGGCCGGGCGUCUGCACCACGGGGGGGAUGCAGUCCCCCAUCAAUUUCGACGGGAUGGACACAACGGUCGCCUUCCUGCCGUCGAAUUUUCGCCAUGUCUGGGAAAAUUUGCCAAUAGCUAAAAAUUUCCUGAUUUUAAAUGCCGGGCAUACGGUAGAAGUACUUUUUCCGCCGGGGCAGGAGCCUAAACUUAAAGGGUCCGCGAUCGGGCUGCCGGGCGAGUAUACGUUUGCACAGCUGCAUUUCCACUGGGGAACGAGCGACACGGGGGGCAGUGAACAUACCCUUUUUGGCAAGCAGUAUGCCCUGGAGAUGCAUAUGGUACAUUACGCCACGCCGUAUGGGAGCUACGCGGCGGCAUCCGUGGCGCCAAAUGAUCCAAAUGCGGUGGCCAUAUUGGCAAUAUUUUUCGAAAUCAGCCCCGUCAAUAAUGUCGCGCUGAUUCCGAUCACCAAAGCGAUCCCGCUCGUGAGAAGGUUUAACCGUUCGCAGGAAAUUGAUGUGACGGGAUUUCUGAAUUUGAAAAAUUUGUUGCCAGCGCAUCUCAACUUUUAUCGGUACGAGGGAUCCCUAACUAGUCCGGAUUGUCAUGAGAAUCGAGUCUGGACCGUGUUCAAGCAGCCGGUGAAGAUUUCCAAGCAGCAAAUGAAACAGUUCCGGACGGUGUUUGACGACAGGGGGGAAAUUAUUGUGGAGAAUCAUAGACCACUUCAGGCCCGGAAUGGGAGACCGAUCACGUUCUAUUUUGUCACGGAGAGUUUGUUUGAUAAGAUUUUGAAAUUUUUUACGGCAUAUCUCUCCGCGUGGAAGGAAAUUUUACUUUUCCCGUUUCAAUUCUUGGGAAAUCCGACCCUGUUUACGCUAUCUUUUGGGAGAAAGUUGGAAUGACUAAGGUCACUUGGCUGAAGAAAUUAAAUAUAAUUAAGUUGAUACGCCUAAUUGUUCUGUCUGACGUAAAUUACUUAUUUAUGCAUGCAUGUAUUUAUGUAUUACUAUUGUAUGUGGGAAUAAAAUUUGUGUACAUAUAUUUCUCGAAAUAUUUAUAUUUGUUUACUCAAGAUCUGUGAUUAUAUAUAUAGAAAUACUGAUUUAAUACCCUAAUUUAUUUUUAUAUAAUUUAUGUUUACUAAAUUAUUUAUCUACAUUAAUAUACGUAUAUAAGUACAUAUAAUUAAAAUGAACUUGUGCAUUUAACUCACGGGGUCAAAAAAAUCAA